CGGAACUGUAUCCCUAUCUCUCUGUCUAUCAUAUCAUAUCAUGUGCGACUGCCUCCAUAGAAAUUACCAGUUGUGCGAAGAGCUCGGCCGCGGCCGUUUCGGCGUCGUCUACCGCUGCUAUUCCCCCGCCGCCGACGCCUCCUUCGCCUGCAAAUCGAUCUACAAGCACUCAAUUUCAUCCGACGCUACCGAUCGGAGUUGCCUCGACGCCGAGCCUAAGAUCCUCCAGUUGCUCGCCGGAUGCCCUAACGUGCUCCGCGUUCACGAUGUCUACGAGGACGACGAUUACCUGCACAUCGUUACUGAUCUCUGCGACGGUGGGGAUUUGUUCGACCGGUUGUCGUCCGGCGCGCCUUUCUCCGAGCCUGACGCGGCGGCUGUUUUGAAGCAGCUGAUGACGGCGAUUUCGUUCUGCCAUCGAAUCGGCGUGGCUCACAGGGAUGUUAAGCCGGAUAAUAUUUUGUUUGAUUCCUGGGGGAAUCUGAAGCUGGCGGAUUUUGGCUCCGCGGAGUUGUUUGAGGUUUCGGAGAUGAACGGUCUGGUUGGAACGCCGUACUACGUGGCGCCGGAGGUGUUGAUGGGGAGGAGCUACGACGAGAAAGUGGAUGUGUGGAGUGCGGGGGUGAUUCUGUACAUAAUGUUGGCCGGAGUGCCUCCUUUUUACGGCGAGGGACCGGAGGAGACCUUUGAGGCGGUGCUGCGUGGGAAUUUGAGGUUUCCGACGAAAAUUUUCCGAUCGGUUUCGCCUGAGGCCAAGGAUCUGCUGAGGAAGAUGAUCUGCAGAGACGCUUCGCGGAGGCUAUCGGCAGAGCAAGUGCUGAGGCACCCAUGGAUGAUGAACGAAGGAGAUACAUCAGCAAUGAGGGAUAUGGCCUGAAACCGAAGAGAACUAACAAAUACAUGGAGAGAUCCGGCUGUGGAUGCUGUAUAUAUUAUAGAGCUCGGCCUAUAUGGCCGGCCUUGCGAGGAAACAGGGGAUCUUGAGGUUGCUUUUUGGUAAUUUUGUUCUUGUAAAAUAGAAGGGAAUUCCAUUUCAGAAUGGGAGAUCUCUUACUGCCUUAUGAGUGCUUAGCUUUUUAUGCCAUCUAUAGUCUUUCUUUAGGUUUUCCUCUGUUGUGGGAGGAUGAAGAAAGCAAUGGUGGUUGAGUAAAUAGAGAGAGAAUGCUAUGUUUGUGGAAUAAGGUGUGUUUUGAUCAGCUUCUUGCUGCUUCUUCCCUUUUGUGUUAUCUGAGGUUGAAAAUGGGAAGAAGAAGAAGAUGAUGAUUAUCACUGUUUUUGAUAUAUAUAUAUAUAUAUAUGAGUUUGUGAAUUAA